AUGGUGCAAAAAGUCUACGUCACGUACAACGAUGCAGCCAGNGUACACAAGCUCUGCCAGAAGUCGGCUGAGCGCAUCCUGAACGACUGCAAGCCCAACCUCAUCAUCGCCAUCGGUGGCGGUGGCUACGUGCCUGCCCGUAUCCUGCGUUCGUUCCUCAAGAAGCCCGGCAGCCCCAACAUCCCCAUCCAGGCCAUCGGUCUCUCCCUGUACGAGACGCUGGGCACAGAGACGCCCGAGGAGAUCCCCGGCACAAAGGUCACCCGCACACAAUGGCUGGACCUGUCCUCGCUCGAGAUGGCCAACCUGAUUGGCAAGAACAUCCUCAUCGUUGACGAGGUCGACGACACACGCACAACCCUCGAGUACGCCGUGCGCGAGCUGCAAAAGGACGUCGACAUUGCUACCGAGAAGCUCGGCCGCACCGCCGAGAAGACGACCUUCUCCAUCUUUGUCCUGCACAACAAGGACAAGACCAAGAGNGGCACUCUCCCCGAGGACAUGGUCAAGCCCGACCACUACGUCGCUGCCGUCACCCUUCCCGACUACUGGAUCUGCUAUCCUUGGGAAGCUCAGUACNNGGACAUUGAUGAGCACGACCGCAAUGCUGCCGAGCAGGCCAAGCAACAAUAG